GCUGAGUCCGACUCAUAGUCGAACUGAUUUCGAGUGCGUUGUGUCAAGUGCGAAAAUGAGGCAAAUCGUUCUAGUGACCCUCUUCGCGAGUGUACUCGCCGUCGUUUCCUGUCUGCCGCGACCCCAGGGCGAGGAAGAACAGUCGGUUUACCAGGACGAGAUCCCUUCGUACAACUACAACUACGCGGUUAACGAUCCGCUUUCCGGUGACACCAAGUCCCAUUCCGAGCACCGCUACGGGGACAGGGUGACCGGAUCCUACUCCCUGUUGAUGCCGGACGGAAAGUACCGCACCGUCAACUACUAUGCCGAUGACGCUACCGGCUACAACGUCCAGAUCGCUGAUCAGCAGCUCAUUUGAACGCCAUGAACUCACCGAUGAACGCACCGAUGAACUCACCGUUGAACUCGCCCAUAAACUCAUCGGUGCCGGCAAGCUCGAUUGUUGUUUCAGUUCUGUAUAUCGUGGUCUCUUCGUCUGAAAUCAGUUUGUUCACCGUUUAACUCACCGUUUAACUCACCGAUGAACUCACCGUUGAUCUCGCCCAUGGAAUCGCGGAUAAUUUCAUUGGUAACGGCAAGCUCGAUUGUUGUUUCAGCUCUGAAUAUCGUGGUCUCCUCGUCUGACGUCAGUUCGUUCACCGUUUAACUCACCGUUUACUCACCGUUUGACUCACCGCUGAACUUCCAGAUAACGUCAUCCUCCAGCGGUCCUAAUAAAUCCGGGUUUUUCAAGUUCACCGAUAGACUCGCAAUUAGACUCAGACUCACCAUUUGACACCGGGUUGAUCCCGCCAAAUCCGGUUUCCUCUCAGCUGCUUCAUCCAAAGUGUUCUCUUUUCGCGUUUGAACUGCAUCUCAUAAUUAAACGCAUUGUGGUUCCAGCAAAUUUAGUCGAACUCGAUAGACUAAUUUUCCAGUGAGUUUUCGGUUCAAAUUUCACUUCAAAUGAUAUUAUCGCCACAGACAUUUCUGCAGAACACCGCAAUCGAAAUCGCCGAUUCCCUGCUUUCAGCCACCAGAUUUUGCUCUCGAAUUUUCAGCUUGUCGUCACGUAAAGAAGAUCUCUACUCUCACGCAUGCGCCCCCUGAAGCUGUGCUUCAGCCGCGGUUUUUUGUGAAGUGAGUAAUUUUGACCCAGGGCUUUUCUCGUGAAGUGUUUCAACUCUACUUCGAACAUUUAUAAAAUUCCAGCGUCUUAUUUCAAAAUCAAUACAAUCAGCCUUCGCAUAUUUCAUUACUUUUAUCUACAGAAUGCAGACUGUUCCUUUUUUCUUCCUUGCUCUGUAUUCUGGUUGUAGUCAUCAACCAGGCGGGUGCUAGAUCCUGCUUCUCACUUAAGAUGCAAGCACUUUGGCGUCAAAAUUUUGCCUUCAUAUAACUUUGUCAUAAACAUUCUUUUUGCCAAUAAUAAAUCCUGUAUUUACAUUUCACACCGCCAAUAUUCAAUUUGUGCUUCCGCAAUAAAAAAAUAGUUCCUGUUUCAGUA